AUGGUCGAUUCACGUAGCUCAAUUCCAGUCGAGAUGGCUAAAUUCGAACAGAGUAAUCAAUCAAAGAAAAUACCAAUUUCAGCUUGUGAACAAUCUCGAUCAGCGUUCAUCGAUCUGAUUAUUUUAAUCGCUGUAAUCGGUGCUUGUGGAUUCUUAAUCCACCCCUAUGUAACCCUCUUAUUAUCCAAAACUCUCGAAACCCUUACCCCAAUCAUGAUCGUGAUUCAACAAGAACUCAUGAGCGCUCCAAUGAUUUACAUGUGUUUAGGAUUAACCAUCUUGACUACAUCAAUGGCGGUGUUAGCCAUGACAUUAUGCACAAAUCCCAAAUGUGGUAAACCAGGUUGUCGUGGGUUGAACAAUGGAGCCGCAUUCGAUAUCCAAAUUGAAACAGAAGAAUCUUUCAAGAAUUCCAAUUCCAAUUCCAAUUCCAGUUCUGUAAAGUGCGGAUUGAAGACGGGAUUGUUUGAAUUACCGAGGGAUUACCACCGGGAAUUAGAGGCGGAGUUGAAGAAGAUGGCACCGACUAACGGCCGUGUGAUUCUGGUUUUCCGAUCAAGGUGUGGGUGUUCCGUUGGCCGGAUGGAGGUUCAUGGUCCGAAGAAGAGUAAUAGAAAGAUAAAGAGGUAA